GGAAGGAGGGUGGGGCGGGAUAAAUCAUAGUGACGCUACUCGCUGCCGGGGUAACGGAGUUUUAGGGUUGUACGGAAUGUUGCCGGCGGAGUGGUAACUCCCGCCAUUUUUCAACCAGCCUUUCGCCUCCUUGUUUGUUUUCAUACUGAGUGCAAAACUACCUGUUUGUUUGCGUACGGAUCUCCAAGGACGCGGUGGAGAGGCUGAGCACUUGCCCUGCAAGAAAUCCAAGUCGACAAGGGUCGGACCGGGAGAAAAAGCGCGCGGCCAGACUUCCUAUCGAGCACCUCCGCUGUCCCCUGCAAGUGCAACUUGCAAAUCGCCAGCAGCCUAAAUUCUGGAAGACAACGUCUCCGACAACGGAGAAGUUUUUCCACCGCAAGGAGAGAGUUGUCUUGGCUAGUUAAGCCGCCAGUUGGGAGGAAGCGCAACUCGCGUGCGCUACUGUGAGGACUAAUGACAACGUCUCAGGGUACUCGAUCCACCUUAGCAGGGAGGCGAUGUGACUAACCGUGUGCGUUGUGUUUGUACCGAGGAUAAGGCAGACGAGCUUGUGUCUCCACACGCUGAAUGCACUGGAUAUGUGCGGAAUGUUCUGUGAUAUGAGCCCUUGCUGUACAUCUUAAGGAUAUUUCUGGAUAUUUGUGAAGCUUGAGAAAGUAGGAGGCAUAUUUAUUGAAGUCGUCACCGCCCGCGUCGCGCUCUCACGAUGGCACCGCUACUGGGCCGGAAACCCUACCCACUGGUUAAGCCGCUGGCCGAGCCCCCGGGCCCAGGAGAAGUCUACACCAUCGAGCACACCAAAGAGGCCUUCACGAACAAAGAUGAAUAUGAGGAACGACUGCAGAAGUACAGCGAGCGGAUCUGGACCUGCAAGAGCACCGGCAGCAGCCAGCUCACCCACAGGGAGGCCUGGGACGAGGAGCAGGAAGUCACCGAGCUACUCCAGGAGGAGUACCCCUUGUGGUUUGAGAAGCCGGUUUUGGACAUCGUGCACCACAACACCAUCUCCCUGGACAAGCUGGUGGACCAGGUCUGGCUGGAGAUCCUCACCAAGUACGCCGUGGGAGAGGAGUGCGACUUCCUGGUGGGGGGGCAGCAGAGCCGGAGGGUGAAGGUGCUGAAGGUGCACCCCCCGGAGCCCCCGCCCCCCGAGGAGGCGGCGGCCGAGAAGAAGCUGGAGGGGGCGUGCGACUCCCCCUCCAGCGAUAAGGAGAACACCACGCAGGAGAACCAGAAGAAGGAGGCGCAGCCCCGGGAGGAGGGCCGGAGGGAGAGCCUGCGAGACCGAGCCCGCCGCUCCCCCCGGACGCUCCCCACCAGCCUGAAGGAGGAGAGGAGGAAGUGGGUCAUGCCCAAAUUUCUGCCCCUCAAGUACGACGUGCAGCUGAUGGAAGAGGAGAAGGUCAUCAACAACGUUCCCGUUGACAGCCUGUUCCGCACAGAACGCCCUCCCACCAAGGAGAUCAUGCGCUACUUCAUCAGGCACAACGCCCUGCGGCUGGGCACUGCAGACAGCGCCCCCUGGGUGGUGGAGGAUGAACUGGUGAAGAAGUACAGCCUGCCCAGUAAAUUGAGUGACUUCCUGCUGGAGCCGUACAAGUACUUGGCAGAGAACCCCUCAGCCAAGCGCAAGAGCCUGAGCUCUCUGGAGGGGAGGCCAGCCAAGAAGCUGAAGACAGGGGAGGCUGGAGAAGAGGGGGAUCUGCAGACGAAGAAAGAAGAGGAAGAGGAGCAGGCGAAGAAGAAGGGGAGAAAGAUCAGCGACGGCAUGGCCCUCAGCCCGUCGGUGUCUCUGCUGAAGCUGAAGAACGUGGGCGAGCUGAUGAAAGCGCAGGCCGAGGCGGCCGACGGCAAGGCCGCCAAGAGGAGCCGCAAGAGCGCCGCCAAGAGCGAGGAGCAGAGCGGCCCGGGCGGCAGGACCCUGCCGGACGCGGCCAGAGGGGGCGCCACCGCGGCCCCCCCCGCCAGCCCCAGGAAGCGGGCGCGCAGCACGGGGCCCGGGACCCCCAAACGGAGCAAGCCCCUCCCCCGCGUGGCGCAGCAGCUGAUUCGCUACUACGAGCAGCACAAGGGGCGGGAGGACCGGAGGAACACGGUGUCCUGCAUGGUGUCCAAGGCGGCCAAGGCGCUGGGGCCGGAGGACCGGGCGCGGCUGCCGGACGAGCUGCGCGUGCUGGUGCAGGCGCGCUGGGAGCUGCUGGAGCACAAGAGGAACUGGGCCUCCCUGAGCGCCGAGGAGAAACAGGAAGUGAUGCGCAGGAAGCGGGUGGAGCUGAAGGAGCGGCUGCGGGAGAAGCGGGGGCGGGAGCUGCAGGCGCGGCAGGAGCUCCAGCGCAGGUUCGAGGACCAGGAGCUGCAGGGGCGGAGCCUGCCCGCCUUCCGGCUGGUGGACACGCCCGAGGGGCUGCCCAACGCCCUGUUCGGCGACGUCGCCAUGGUGACCGACUUCCUGAACUGCUACUCGGGGCUGCUGACGCCCGACGGGCGGUGCCCCGUGGCGGCGCGGGCGCUGAUGGAGGCGCUGGCGGGCGAGGGGGCGGGGUUCGCGUACCUGAACGCCGUGCUGCUGGCGCUGCUGCAGACGCUGCUGCAGGACGAGCUGGCCGAGGGCUACCGCGAGCUGGACGUGCCGCUGUCGGAGAUCCCGCUCACCGCGCACUCCGCGUCCGAGCUGGUGCGGCUGUGCCUGCGCCCCAGCGACGCCCAGGCCGGCGACAGCGGCCGCGGCUCCGAGGUCUGGGCGCCCGACGGCUACGACGACGUGCUGAGCGCCGACUUCCUGGAGCGGCUGGAGACGGCGGAGGUGUUCGAGCUGAGCGCGCCGGAGAAGGUGGGCCUGCUGGUGGCGCUGUGCCACCGCAUCCUGAUGACGUACUCGGCGGAGGACCACGUGGAGGCCGUGCAGCAGCGCAUCGCCCGGCUGUGGAAGGACCGCCUCGCCACCCUCAAGGACGCCAACGACCGCAAGCGGGCCCACAAGCAGCGCCAGAGGGAGCUGCUGGCGGCCCGGGGCGGGGCCGGGUUCUGGGACAAGGUGGAGGGCGGGGCUGGUGGCGGGGCUGAGGACGCCCCAGAGCCUUCUGGGGAAAAGAAAGAGGGCGGCGGUGAGGAGGCGGCGGGUAAAGCCGAGGCGGCGCCCGUCCCGGUCGAACCCGAGCCGGAGGACAUGAUCAGCACCGUGAGGAGCAGGAGGCUGAUGAGCAUCCAGGCCAAGAAGGAGAAGGAGGAGCAGGAGAGACAGACCAAGGAGCGCAUGGAGAAGGUGGCGGAGGAGGUGCGGAUCCAGAAGCAGAAGGCCUCGGCGGAGAGGGCGUUCCAGGAGGGCCUGGCCCAGGCCAAGCUGGUCAUGAGGCGCGUUCCCCUGGGAACCGACCGUAACCACAACAGGUACUGGCUCUUCUCUGAUCAGGUGCCUGGCCUGUACAUCGAGAAGGGGUGGGUGCACGAGAGCGUGGACUACCACUUCACCCUUCCUCCUGACGAAGAGGAGGAUGAAGAGGUGGAGGUGGAGGAGGUGGAAGAGAUUGAGGAGGCUGAUGAGCUGCAGAAGGCCGAGUGUGGUUCGGAGGGUGCACUGGCUGACGGUGGCCCCCUGUGGUCUCUACAGGCGACAGAACCCAUCGAGAGCACCGUCCCGAAAGUGGGGCAGAACCUCUGGUGUGUGUGUGACACGACGCAGGAGCUGGAGGAGUUGAUGGAGAGUCUCCACCCUCAGGGCAUUCGAGAGGGCGAGCUCAAGAGCCACCUGCAGUCCAGGUACCAGGACAUCCUGCACUCCAUACAGCUGGCUCAGACACCCUCCCUGCAGCUGGACAGCUGCGACGGGCACCAGGAGCUGCGUAGCUUCCUGCGCAGUGACAUCAUCGACAUGGCGUCCCGUCUGCACAAGGGCGGGCUGGGGUACAUGGAUGACCUCACCCAGUUUGAGGAAAGGGUGCGCUCGCUGGAGAAGCUGAAGGAUUUGGGCGAGUGUGUGAUCGCCCUGCAGGCCUGCGUCAUUAAGAAGUUCCUGCAGGGCUUCAUGGCCCCCAAACAGAAGAAGAGGCGCAAACACGGAGGGGUGGAGAGCGCCAAGCCGGAGGAGGUGGACGAGGAGAAGCGGCUGGUCCAGGAGGCCAAGGUGGCGACGGCGGUGGAGCGGUGGAGGACUGCGAUUCGGGAGGCGCAGACGUUCUCGCGCAUGCACGUGCUGCUGGGCAUGCUGGACGCCUGCGUCAAGUGGGACAUGUCUGCCGAGAAUGCGCGCUGCAAGGUGUGCCGCAAGAAAGGGCUCGGGCGCGCACAGGUGCUGCGGCUGCGGGACUGCCAGCAGGUGCAGGGCGUUAGUGUCAGGCAGGUGGAGGUGAGGAUGAGCCACGCCCGGGUGCGGCAGAGAGCAGGAGAGGAUGAUAAGCUCGUGCUGUGUGAUGACUGUAAUAAGGCCUUCCACCUUUUCUGCCUGCGGCCGGUGCUCUACUCCAUCCCUCAGGGGGACUGGCAGUGUCCUGCCUGCCAGCCCGCUACAGCCCGCAGGUCCUCACGAGCCAGGAACCGCAGUGAUGACACGGAUGAUGAGGAAGACUCCAGGCAGGAAGAGCACUCUGAGGAGGUCGAGGAGGUGGAGGAGGACGAAGAGGAUCGCCCAUAUGUAUACUUGAGGUCCAGGAAGAGGCCCAAGGUGAAGGAGUUGUCCUCUCACACGAAAGCAAGCAGCAAAACGGCAUCCAAGAGGCAGCCCCCGCCCCCCUCCAAGAGCGGCAGGCCGAGGGGCCCCCCCAGCAACCCCGCCGACAUCGACGAGCUGGUGCGUCAGUGCUCCGGCUCCGCCCCCCGCAGGUUGUUGAUGGAGUUGGCCAAGUGUGAGGAGAUCGUGCACAAACUGCUCAAAUUCCAUUACAGCUGGCCCUUCAGGGACCCUGUGUCCCCUGACGAGGCGGAGGACUACCAGGACGUCGUCUCCAACCCCAUGGACUUAAAAACCAUGCUGGCCAAGUUCUCCAGCAGCCAGUACCGGCACCCCAGCGACUUUGUGGAGGACAUGAAGCUGGUCUUCUCCAACGCCGAGGCGUACAACCAGCCGGGCAGCGCGGUGCUGUCCUGCCUGGCGCUGACUGAGAAGAGCUUCACCGCCCUGCUGCAGAAACACCUGCCCGGCGUGGCCUACCUGCGCCGCAGACACCGCCAGCGCACCGACCGGGGCCGCCAGCCGCAGGAGGAGGAGGAGGAGGAAGAGGAGGAGGAGGAGCAGGAGGAGGAGCGGGUGCACAGGAAGCGGGUUGGCAGGCCGAGGAAGUUGGUGAAGGAGGAAGAGGAGGAGCGGCAGGUGUACAGGAAGCGGGUUGGCAGGCCGAGGAAGGUAGUCAAGGAGGAAGAGGAGGAGGAAGUGCAAAAGAGUGGGAGGAAGAAACGGCGAGGCAGGCCCAAAGGUUCCACGAGGCAGCGGAAUGCCCAGCGGGAGGAGGAGGAGGAGGAGGAGGAGGAGGAGGAAGAGGCGGACCCCGCUCUGAGAAGGAGCAGGCGGGCGGUGGUCUCCAGGUCUGCCCGGAAGGAUUACCGCGAACAGGAGAGUGAGGAGGAGGAGGAGGAGGAGGAAGAUGAUGAAGAGAGGGAGGAAGAGGAAGGGGAGGAGGAGGAGGAGGAAGGUGAGUGGGACAGCAGGAGAACACGGCCCCACAGGACCAGAGGGGGGGCCAAAGCCAGGGACGAGUACAGGCCUGGCCAACGACAUUCCAAACGGCAAAAGCGCUCCAUAUGAAAAGCCCCCCACUACCCCCCCCCCAGCACACAGUCAGUCCCUCCCUGUGGCCCCCGGACCCUGGCCCAGACCGGCCCGCCAUCUUUCAGUGUUCCUUUUUAUGUUCGUAUUUAGCGUGGGGGGUGGGGAGGGAGGGGCUGGUGUAUAUUUGUAACGAGUUUAUUAUCAGCAGUUUUAUCAAACUGAGAAAUUUGGGUUUCAGGACCUUAUUUUCACCUUUUGACCUUUUUGACAGAAUUUUUUAUUUUGAAAGUUUUCCCCCCAAAAAGACGGACUUUGAAAAGAGACUGUAAGUGUGUCCAUGUAGUGGCCCCCAGCAGCGUUUUGAGUUUGAUGACUUUGUUUGAGAGUGUGGGGGCAGAGAUGGGGG